GUCGGAAGGAGAAGGAGGAAAAAGAAAAAGAAGAAAGGAUCCUGUGUGUGCGUUUGUUUCACCUCCUAAUCAGUUUUCCUUGAGGACCCAUCAGCAGCAGCAUCAGUGGAGGAAAGUAAGGAGGAAAAGAAACGUCUCCCAUCAUAAAUCCAAACCUCAGACGAAUGACAGAAAUGGACGCCCCUCUCGCCACUCCGUGCAACAUCCAGAUCUGUGAGGUGACCUGCGACUCUUUCCGCAUCAUGUGGGAUAUGCCUCCAGAGGACACAGCCAGAGCGACGCAUUUCUUCAUCGACCUGAGCCGCAAAGAGAACAGGGAUCCGAACCGCUUCAAACACAGGGAUGUCCCAACCAAGCUGGUGGCCAAGGCUGUCCCACUGCCCAUGGCGGUGAGAGGACACUGGUUCCUCAGCCCGCGGACGGAGUACUGCGUCGCCGUCCAAACAGCCGUCAGGCAGUCUGACGGUGACUACCUAGUGUCAGAGUGGAGCCCGGUGGUGGAGUUCUGCACUGGAGACUAUGCAAUGGAACACCUUCAGCAGCUCCUUGACAAGGCCAGCGGUUCUGCAGGACGAUUGCUGAGAUUCUCUGUGUUCUAUCGCAACCAGCACCCAGAAUACUUUGACUAUGUCAGGAGGGAAUGUGGGGGACUGAUGCGUCCGGCCCUGAAAGACACCAGCGGGAGUCAUGGCUCUCCAAUAAACGGCAAACUCCAAGGAGUCUUCUUCAGCUGCAACACAGAGUUUGACACGGGGCUCCCUCCCAAAGACUCUCCGUACGGCCCCCUCAGAUUCCAGAUUCCAGCUGGCGUCCUGCUGAACCCAAACAUCUGCCUGUACUUCGCAGACUUUUACUGCAUGUACACGGCGUAUCACUACGUGGUGCUGGUGCUUGCGCCUGUUGGCACAGAGGGAGACAACUUCUGUCGCACCCGCCUGCCGAGGCUGGACUUGGCCUCCAACCCCUUUCUGACCUACUCCGCCCCCCAGAGGCAGGGGGAGGAGCCUGUGUACUGCCACGCCAGUGACGUGAUCCUGGAGGUGCUUUUCACGGAGCCGGUUCACGUGGACCAGGGCAGUGUGGAGCAGAUCAGUGGGCACCACCAGCUUAUGAGUCUGACCACAGCAAAUGCCAAGAAAGAUCCAAGCUGCAAAGUGUGCAACAUCAGCGUGGGGCGCUGAGGGAACCCCUGAUAAAUUGAUUUUGAGUCGACAGUCCGAAAAGAGCCAGAAUUGGACAAAACAGCUGAGGAAAUUAUGGACUAGUCAGAGCAUGGUAGAGAAAUACAUCUCUUGUACUGUGUUAAAGCUGCUUUCCACCCCACCUCCACCCUGAAGUGGAGUUUUUUUUUUUAUAUUGACCCCUUGGAUAAUAUAUAUUAUAGAGCUCUAUACCUACUCUUCAGGUGUCUUCAUGUGUUCUCCUGCAUCCACAAUGUUUCUGUUUCGUCAUUUGUUCCACCGUGAAUUUGAUGCUACUUCCUUUGAGAAAUGUGCGUUUCAGAAAAAAAGAACAUGGCACAGAUUUCUUUUGUUGACUUCUCGGGAUUCCCUCUAUGCCAGGAUUUCUACCGCCUAUAAUCUAAAGAUACAGACUACUAAUGUGCUGCCCCCUUGCUAAAGAUGCGCAAAAAGCCUUAAAAUCAAUUCUUCUGCUCAUUGACGUUUUUUUAUUUCCCUUUGAGAAAAAUCCUAUGACUUUUAAUUUGUGGACAUUUAUUCAGUGGGGGAAAACACAAUGUGAAAAUAGAAUUGCUUUUAUCAUAUUCAUCGGUGGCACAAUCACUGGUAACCCUGCUGUCAAAUACUUUGUACAACCUUCUUUUGCAAAAAGGACAGUACUCAGUCUCUCCUAGAACAUUUCUGACAGUGGGAUACCAUACACACAGUGAGAGAGACACUUGACCACUGCAUUUUGCAUAAUGUCCAUGGAGGAAGGUUGGUUUUGUUUGUGAUAACACUUUUUUAUUCCCAGUGACAGCCGAUUUUAGUUGGAUUUCCUGCUGUUUCAAAUUGUUGAUGAUGCCAUGUACUCUCACGAGGUUUCAUAGCGAAUGCACAUGCAUGCAUGCACAUGCACAUUGCACAUAGUGAAUGGAUCUGGAUAAUGUGUCAGUAAGCUUACAAAGUACAGGCAGUAACAGCAUGUGAAACGUUGUAGGCCUCAUAAACAGUGGAUUGACUAUGCAGUUAUAUUUAUAUAUUAAAAAUCAUAUCAGUCUCAUUAAAUUAUAUUUAUAUCAAUUGCAUAUAUGUCAAAAACCUGUCUGUCUGGAGGGUAAACUCUCUCUGUAUGCUGCACACUUCAAGAAAUGAAUGAAAGGAAAAUGUUACAAAAAUACACUGUAGUCAUUCUUGGAUCACAAUACAAACAUUUUAAUUUCAAAUUAAAACGUUAAUUUUAAUUUCUAGUCACAAAAAAACCAUCAUUAAACUAUUACGUUAUUAUUACUAAUACUAAAAUAAUCCAGCUAUUUAUUUACAAAGAAACAAAUCUUAAAGGGAAAUUCCGAGGUUAAUAUAGAACGAGUGUAUAUUUUGCUGAUUCGUGAUUUGAUUUGUUUAACUCUUGAAUUUUGGUUUUAUAAAUACCUGCUUUAUCUUUAAGGAGACUUUUGGGGAAAGAAAUAGAGGAAUGAACUGUUAGUGUGCCACGUUUGGUCCUUCAUCUCUGGUCACCCUUCAGUAAAAAGAAACAUCCCAGUUCUGUCCAAUGUCGGACUGAGCUGUCACCUCUCUCUGAGAGUGGAGCUAGAGGAAGUAGCAGAAGAAGCAGUUCCCAUACUGUCAUCUUUCUGAAGCUGUCAGUAACAUUGUAACACAUGGCUGUACGGUAGAGAGGGUCACGCUGGGACUGGCUUGGGGGGUCUCUCCUCUGGUGCUCACCUCAGAGUAUCUGGUCUCUUGACUUCUGGACUGAAUUGUAACCAAUUAGAAAAAAGUGUCUUGCUGGAAUAUUGAAGAAUAUUAAUACCAAUAAAAAUAAAGAUAUCAAAAUUUGACCAAGUUGAUCCACGCUUGGUUGAUACAACUGAAUAGAAUUUCUCAACUUUGGGUUUCUCUUAGUUCAUCGUUGUGUGUUUCAAUGACUGUCUCCACAUAUUUCUAGCACUUGUUAAAAACCAAAUGAUACAAAUUCUUUUUUCAAACCGUUUUUUUAUUAGUUUUAUAACAUUUCAGUGUUUUUGUCUGUUUUUCCAAAUGUUUCUGUUUACGUCUUUCAAAGGGAGAGUAGAUAGUUCUUCAUGGUAAUGUGACAAAAAGCAUGAAUUAUUAGAAAGACUAGACAACUUAGAAUAAAUAAAAAUAUACUUUAAAGGUAGGUGUCACAUCACUGUUUACGUUAAAAACUAUGAUUCCUUGUGAAAUGUUUCUCCCCUCACUGAAUAAAUGUGCGCAAAAUAACUUCGACUUGACUUCGCCGAGAAUUAUAUUGUGCGAUGAUUCUACAUUGUUUAUAAUGAAUUUUAAGGCUUUUCCACGACUUUACUAACAUCUGUACUUGUUGAAACUCUCUUUGAAUACCUUCAUGUUGUCGUUUCCCCCCUUUGUGAUAUUGCUGUUUUUGUCAUUUGCUGCAAUUUAAUGUUUGAUGAUGUUGGAAACUUAAGUUUCAGUCGAAACAGUAAAGAAAGACAUACAUAAAUUGUCUUUA